AUGGAUAUCACUAGUAAGAUCUAUGUAAACACUUCGCAACACGCUAGAAAUCCCCACGUCGAGAUACCAGAUUGUCAUUUGAUGUAUGGCUCGAUUAUGAUGUAUUUGAUGAGUUGCGCCUUGAUGCUCGAUGUGCGGGGAACAGAAGAAGGCCUGGUUGUGGGACGCGGAGGGCAAUAUGUUAUGGGUUAUGGAUUGCUAACUUUCUUUUUCGUAUUGCGGGAGGUGUUGAGUGGGAAGAGAUGGACGGUCCGGGAAGGUGUAAGGAGUAGUGAGUCCGAGAAUAAGAGGUCGUGUUUGGGGUUCGCAGGAAUGAUGGAGCGUGUUGAACAGGGUUGUGAUGAGCGAUGA